UGGCCCCCAAUCUCUUUGGAGGGCAUCAAACGGUUUCUUUUCUUCAUGCCACUCGAAAAAAGACACCAAAAGAAGAAGAAGAAGCUGUUAACAUCAAAAACAUCAAUGAGGAGGGGGUCCUCAUUCAUCUUCUUCUUCUUCAACACAAAAAAGUCACCUUGACCACCGUCACCACCGCCCCCUCCUCCACCAUAUUUUAUUAUUAUUCCACAAUACCUGCAUUUUCUUGAUCCCUUCGUCUUCCUCAUUCGUAUUUAUAACCAACCCAUGACCCAUUACGUUCUCAAUUUCAUAAACCGGUGAACAAAAUUCAAUUCCCACAAAAACCCUCGUCAAAGAUUUGAUUUUUAGUCAUGGGUAUCUGUUUUUCGACCACGAAGAUCAGCGGCUCCGACAGCACUACCACCUCCCUUACCGACGCCGACGCCACCACCACCGGCGCUGAAAACCAUCAACGGCAUCUUAUCUUAAAACAGGAUGGAAAUGUCAAUUUGCCCAAAAGGAAAGAAUCCAAUAGGAAUUCUCAUAAAAAGCAGGAUUUCAACAAUAAUAAAACUAAACCGAAAGGUAAGCAGACGCCAAAGCGUCAAAAGGGUUUGAUUCCUUGUGGGAAAAGAACAGAUUUUGGGUAUCUUAAAGAUUUUGAUCGAAGGUAUUCGACUGGUAAAUUGUUGGGUCAUGGUCAAUUUGGGUAUACAUAUGUUGCUGUUGAUAAGGCAAAUGGCGAUCGUGUUGCUGUCAAGAAAAUCGAUAAAAACAAGAUGGUUCUUCCAAUUGCUGUUGAAGAUGUUAGACGAGAAGUCAGAAUCUUGCGUGCUUUAAGUGGUCAUGAAAAUGUGGUUCAAUUUCAUAAUGCAUUUGAAGAUGAUUCCUUUGUAUAUAUUGUCAUGGAGUUAUGUAAGGGUGGCGAAUUGCUGGAUCGGAUCUUGUCAAAAAAAGAAGGUCGUUACACAGAGAAAGAUGCAGCAAUUGUUGUAAGACAAAUGCUUAAAGUUGCAGCCGAAUGCCAUUUACAUGGUUUGGUACAUCGCGACAUGAAACCCGAGAAUUUUCUUUUUAAAUCCCCAAAGGAGGAUUCACGCUUGAAGGCAACGGAUUUCGGUUUGUCGGAUUUUAUAAGACCCGGAAGAAAGUUUACAGAUAUUGUUGGUAGUGCAUACUAUGUUGCUCCGGAAGUAUUAAAGCGUAGAUCGGGGCCGGAAUCCGAUGUUUGGAGCAUCGGUGUCAUCACAUACAUUUUAUUAUGUGGGCGUCGACCCUUUUGGGAUAGAACUGAGGAUGGAAUUUUUAAAGAGGUAUUAAGAAACAAGCCUGAUUUCCGUCGCAAACCAUGGCCAACUAUUAGCGACAGUGGUAAAGAUUUUGUAAGGAAAUUACUCAUGAAAAAUCCUCGUGCAAGACUCACCGCUGCACAAGCACUAUCUCACCCAUGGGUUCGAGAAGAUGGAAAUGCGUCCGUGAUUCCUCUUGACAUUUAUGUUUUAAACAACAUGCGACAGUUUGUGAGAUACAGUCGCCUAAAACAAUUUGCUCUACGGGCAUUGGCUAGCAUGCUCGAUGAAGAAGAAAUAUCUUUCCUUAAAGAUCAGUUUCAUGCAAUUGAUGUAGACAAAAACGGUACCAUUAGUCUCGAGGAAAUGAGACAGGCUCUUGCUAAGGAUGUUCCAUGGAAGAUGAAAGAUUCUCGUGUUCAGGAGAUAUUGCAAGCGAUCGACACUAACACAGAUGGGCUUGUGGAUUUCAUGGAGUUUGUAGCUGCUACUCUUCAUGUUCAUCAAUUAGAGGAACAUAACAAUGAAAAAUGGCAACGAUUAUCAAAAGCUGCUUUUGAAAAAUUCGAUGUAGAUAGAGAUGGAUUUAUAACUCCCGAAGAACUCAAAAUGCAUACGGGGCUAAGAGGGUCUAUAUAUCCAGUUUUAGAGGAAGCUGACAUUGACAAAGAUGGCAAAAUUAGUCUGCACGAAUUCCGUAGGCUGCUAAGAACAGCAAGCAUUAGUUGAAGAAUUAUCACAAGCACAAUUGUACAUAAAAUGGUCCUACUAAAAAGUGCAACAUAAAAAGAAAAAAUGACACCUUUAUAAAGAAUGGUGUUACCUUUUUGGGUAUGGUGGGCUCCACGGAAUUGAAUUAAUAAGUUUUGGAGAGUGAGGAGGAACGAUUGAGUGGCAUCAUAGGUUUGUGAUAGAAAGAAAUAUUAUUGGUGGUGUUGGUGUAAAUUGUUUUCUAGAGUGGUUACAUGGGUUUUGUUAGAUUGGUUUGAUGAUUUGAUGGGAGUGAUGAUAUGUAAAUAGGUCUAUAUAUAUUGCAAUGAGAAGCACUUGAGUUGGUGGAUUUACAUGUGUCUCUCUUUAAUCAUAUUAUGGGU